UGUCUUUGCGAGACCGCGAGUUGAGGCGGAGCAGGGUUUGGUGGACAAGCGAUGGCCGGCAAGAACGUGUGUGUGUCUGACUUUGAGGCGGAAGCCAAGAAGGUUCUUCCUAAGGCCGUCUACGACUACUACCGCUCUGGAGCUGAGGAGGAAACCACGCUGGCUGACAAUGUUGCUGCAUUUAAGAGGUGGCGCCUGAUCCCCCGAGUGUUGAGGGACGUGUCCUCGGUGGACCUGAGUGUGUCCGUGCUGGGACACCAGCUCACCAUGCCGCUUUGUGUGGCAGCCACCGCCAUGCAGAGGAUGGCUCACCCCCAUGGAGAGACAGCUACUGCAAGAGCAUGCCAAGCACUGGGCACGGGGAUGAUGGUGAGCUCGUGGGCCACCUCCACUAUAGAGGAAGUGAUGUCAGCGAUGACGACCUCCCCUGGUGCCGGGGGCGUCCUGUGGCUGCAGCUCUACAUCUACAAGGACCGCCAGCUCACGCUCUCGCUGGUCCGCCGGGCGGAGGAGGCGGGCUAUAAGGCCAUCUUUGUUACCGUGGAUACGCCGUACUUGGGGAGGAGACUGGACGACAUGCGGAACUGCUUUAAACUGCCCUCGCAUCUGAGAUUGUCCAACUUCUCCACAGACUCCUUGUCCUUCUCUGAGGGUGACUAUGGUAGUGACAGUGGGUUGGCGGUGUACGUGGCAAAAGCCAUAGAUCCCACUCUCUGCUGGGAUGACAUUAACUGGCUGAAGAAACACACACGCCUGCCUGUGAUUGUGAAAGGAAUCGUCACUGGGGAAGAUGCCGCGCUCGCAGUGAAGCAUGGCGUCGAUGGCAUCUUGGUGUCCAACCAUGGUGCACGGCAACUGGAUGGGGUUUCGGCCACGCUGGAUGUGUUGGAAGAGGUCGUGGGAGCAGUGCAAGGACGCUGCGACGUCUACCUGGAUGGCGGAGUGAGGCGAGGGACAGAUGUCAUAAAAGCGCUCGCUUUGGGAGCAAAGGCGGUUUUCAUCGGCCGGCCAGUGCUGUGGGGUCUCGCCUGUGAGGGUGAACAAGGAGUUAUUCAGGUCCUGCAGCUUCUCAAAGACGAGCUGACACUAGCUAUGGCCUUAGCGGGUUGUAGGUCCUUAUCGGAGGUGAGCAGGUCUCUGGUCAGGAGAGCGGAGGUCACAUCCAGAAUGUAACAUGGAUCACCACACCGAUAACUUCAAAGUGCCUCGAAUUGCAACAUUAUUACAUGUUAUACAGUUGUCAUUAUUCUCUUGAUCAAACAUCAUUAAACGUACCGUCUGAACUUCUUGACCUAUGAGAACUCAGCUUUGAAUCGGUCACUCGGCAGCAUGGUGACCAAAAAAAUGACAGUUUCAGAUCUUACAUUUGAUUUAAGUGAAUUGAUCAAGUAUAACAGGAUAAUCCAUCUUACGCUUGAUAUUGUAUAUUUCCUCGGAUAAACUAGACAGAGAAAAGGUGGACAUUUGUACAUUCAAAAUAGCCGUUCAAUUAAUAAAUCAAAACUAAACUACAGUAAAGCCUGAUUAUGUUGAUGCCCCUCCGACUGGCUGACAAUAUAAGCAGUUUUUGACAUAACCAAAAUCAAACCUAGCCAAUUUGUGGCUUUAGACAGAGACAUCCUCUAAUUGUGCAUAUUUUUAUGUUUUCAUUUGCCACACCAAGUUGGUUUUAUGUCUUGAAGACAUUGACAAUAGGGACUGCCGGUAUUAUCGGCCGAUAAAUGCUUUAAACUAUAACAUCGGAAAUUAUCGGUAUCGGUUUCAAAAAGUAAAAUGUAUUACUUUUUAAAACGCCGCUGUGUACACGGACAUAAGGAGAAGUACAGAGCGCCAAUAAACCUUGAAGGCACUGCCUUUGCGUGCUGGCCUAGUCACAUAAUAUCUACAGCUUUUGACACGCUCACAAGUGAAUGCAAUGCAUACUUGGUCAACAGCUAUACAGGUCACACUGAGGGUGGCCGUAUAAACAACUUUAACACUGUUUCAAAUAUGCGCCACACUGUGAACCCACACCAAACAAGAAUGACAAACACAUUUCGGGAGAACAUCCGCACCGUAACACAACAUAAACACAACAGAACAAAUACCCAGAACCCCUUGCAGCAGGGGCGUCACUAGCUUUUAAGGACAGGGGGGGCUUAGCCCCCAGGAGAUGCACAGGAUGCGAGCAAACGUAGCGCACGAGCACAAAACUUCACAAACGGCUAACAAAGACUUAGAAAUUAUUCAUUGUUAUUAUUAUUAUUUCAGUCUGUGUAGUUUCAAUCUGUGUUCAGUACAACAACAAACAUGGCUUUGCACAGUGACAUUUUGUUUACAACAUCAACAAGAAACAAUGACUUGCAUGAUCCUUCAAGAUACACUGAAACACAAUGAAAGUCAUGGCAUUAGCCUCUAUGUUAUUCAUUCACAACAUAGAGGCUAAUGCCACCACUUUAGCUCACAAUACAAUAAUUGUUUGUUCCCAAAUAUUUUGAAGUUGCACAGAUUACAUUUUGGGCACAUAUGUGACUAAAAUGGUUGUAAAUUGUAAAAUGGAAAUAUUACUUAAUUACUUGAAUUAAAAUAAUAUCUGGAU